AGGCGGUAGGAGGAGGAGGAGGGGUCUCUCUGCCGGACCCCUCCUCCCAAGGUAGGGUGCCAGCGCCCCACUCCGCCACGGAGAGUCGAGUCGCCAGCACGCUCCGUGGAAGUCGUGCAGUCGAGCUCCAGCCUCCGCCGCAGCCGCCGGAUCCCGAGACCAGCUGGACGAUGAGCGCAGGCUCGGACCCCGUGGCCAUCGUCUCGGCUGCCAGAACUGCGAUAGGGUCCCUUAAUGGUGCUUUAUCUACUGUCCCUGUCCAUGAGCUGGGCUGCACUGUCAUUAAAGAAGUCUUGAAAAGGGCUGGUGUUGCUCCAGAAGAUGUGUCUGAGGUCAUUUUUGGGCAUGUGUUGUCAGCAGGUUGUGGUCAGAAUCCUGUUCGACAGGCCAGUGUGGGGGCUGGAAUCCCCUACCCGGUGCCAGCUUGGAGCUGUCAGAUGAUCUGCGGGUCAGGCCUCAAAGCCGUGUGCCUCGGGGCCCAGUCUAUUGGAACUGGAGAGUCCAGCAUUGUUGUAGCAGGAGGCAUGGAAAGCAUGAGCAAGGCUCCUCAUUUUGUUCACUUAAGAACAGGAUUGAAGAUGGGAGAGACCCCUUUGAAGGAUACUGUGAUCUAUGAUGGUCUUACAGAUUCAUUCCACAAUUAUCACAUGGGUAUUACAGCUGAAAAUGUGGCACAAAAAUGGAAAGUGAGUAGAGAAGACCAAGAUAGAUGUGCUCUCUUGUCACAGAAGAGGACAGAGAAUGCACAAAAAGCGGGCUAUUUUGACAAAGAGAUUGUACCUGUUUCUGUGCCUUCCAGAAAAGGUCCUGUGGAAGUUAAAACAGAUGAAUUUCCUCGCCAUGGAAGCACUUUAGAAGAAAUGUCCAAACUGAAGCCUUGCUUUCUGACAGAUGGAUCUGGAACAGUAACUGCUGCUAAUGCUUCAGGAAUAAAUGAUGGAGCUGCAGCUGUGGUUCUCAUGAAGAAGUCAGAAGCAGAAAGACGAGGUCUUACACCCUUAGCUCAGAUUGUAUCCUGGUCACAAGUUGGUGUAGAUCCUUCCAUUAUGGGAUCAGGACCAAUUCCAGCAAUAAAGCAGGCUGUUGCCAAAGCAAAUUGGACACUAGAGGAUGUUGACGUAUUUGAAAUCAAUGAGGCCUUUGCAUCCCUUUCUGUAGCAAUAUCAAAGGAACUUGGAUUAAAUCCAGAAAAGGUCAAUAUUCAAGGUGGAGCCAUAGCUUUGGGACAUCCCCUUGGGGCAUCAGGGUGUCGAAUUCUUGUUACUCUGUUACAUACACUGGAGCGAAUUGGUGGAACCCGUGGAGUUGCUGCUCUCUGCAUUGGAGGAGGGAUGGGAAUAGCAAUGUGUGUUCAAAGAGGAUGAAAAGAAAAAUUCUAAUAACCUUGGUUUCAAUAAGUAGUUUAACAAAUUGUAAAAUUUUAACCACAUUUUAACUCGAGUCUUUAAAAUGAACUAAUUAAACUACCUGUGAAAAAUGUUUCAGGGACCAAAAAUAGAGUUAGAUGUUUUAUUUUCUUUCAUCUCCCUUAUAAAAACUCAAGUCAACAUGACAGGUUGUUGUAUUUUUUAAGUCUAUACACUAAGUGUAAGACAAAAUGGUACAGGAUGAAACAGAUGAGUAACAUUGUUAUAAAUAAAGAAAAUUACAUCAGUCUUCAA